UUCCGACGAGAAUUGUGCUCCCUGUCAGCCUAAAAGCAACGAGUGUCAUGCAAAUUUUAAGGCGAAUGUUUCUCUUUAUCUUUGCAGACGUGGCGGCAUCAGUGGAGGUUCACUUCGAGAAUAAGGACGGUGGAUUCUUCCUGAAGCACAUACCGCGGCAAUAUUACCCGGCCCGCGGUACGUCGGAUACCAUCCCGGCGUUGUCUACGGGUGCAUCGAAUAGUAACAAUAAUAAUAACAACAACAACAACAACAAUGCGGGGGGUACGGUACCGUCGCCGCCACCUGGCUCUGUUCUCUCGAUCGACAAGUUCACCGUCUUCCAGACGAGCGAGCCGGUAUCGGUGCGGGCCACGUACGGUCCUUUCAGCACCAAACAGACUGUACCGGCGCGUUACAUAGUCCCCGAUCCGUUGGACGCGCUACCGGGACCAGAAACGCGACGCAAUCUCACGGCGGCGACGAUCCUGGACGCGCAGGAGCUCGGCGCUCGGCAUCUGGACAUGUCGGCUCAUCUGGUGGGCAACAGCGUGCCGCGCGACUCGCCCGUGCUCAGGGUGCUCUUCCACGCCGGCAGCGAGGCCGGUGGUAGACGUCAGCUGCUGAUGGCGCGGCAUCAGCGGGUCUGCGUGGUGCUGCACGCCAGCCUGGCCAGUCCGUCGCGGGGCAAUGCCGCGAGCAGGAGUGGACACGGUUACUCUUCCUCCUCUUCCUCCUCCUCGUCAUCGCCAUCUUCCGCACUUACGGCCGCCUGCAGCCCCGAUGGCGAGAACGGCGUGUGUCUCGCGCAGAUCACCAUACCGGCCGAUUGGUGGGCGCCGUUACCGCCGCCCGAUGCUUCCGGCCGUGUCAAGGUCGCCAAAAGUCUGCCGCGAUUGAUCCAGGUUGCUUACUCCGUGUUGGAGCCGCGUACGGAAGAGGGAGGAGGACUUGGCAGUGGUGGUAACGGUGGCAGCGCCGGCGGUUCGGUCGACGCCACCGGCGGAUCGGGAUUCUGCAGACCCAGAGUGCAAAUACAGCCAGUCACUCCUCUGGGUCAAGUGCCGCUCGCGCCCAACAAGGCAGAUUACAAGGAGCUCAGAGCGGAUGACUCGCUAACGUUGCUGGUGCCGCACGGACCGCUCUAUCCGAGGUCCAGGUUGCACAUCCCGGCCUUCCUGCAUCCCGUUAAGGUGACGGACUCGCGGCAGGAGCGAGCGCCGUUGAUCGUCGCGGUUUAUUUAAGAGCGCGAGUCAAGUCCGGCGUGAAGAUCCUGGAUGCCUCCUCCAGCAGCCCGGACUGGAUCGUCGAUAGCGAUGUCAACGUGAAGAACACGGCCGCCACGUUUACAGCGCGACGUAAGGAGAACCCGUCGCGUGUACCGAGCACAUCCGCGGAAGAAAUAAUGACAAUGUUGCUGGAGGCCAGCGAGGAGGGCAUAGGCGGAAGCUGGGACGGCGGUAGGAUCGUAUGGAGUGUGCGUUAUGCGCUCGAGGGCGAGGAGGAGAACGGCUCGCAGUUGACGGGCGCCGAUCAGUUGCAGCAGCGAAUGCAGCAACGCCAGCUGCAGCAUCAUCAUCAUCAUCAUGUCGAGAGACGGAAACUGCAGGCACGGCUGGAGAUACAGAAGGAUGAUAUACAGGCGGUGCUUCCGAUCUCCAAGAACUGGGAGGUGAUGAAUACGGCGGUGUUGACGGGGCGUCAGGUGUCGCAGGGGAUGAAGGUUUUCAUCGUGAGCCAAGCCGGCACGGUCGCCGAUGUCACGCUGCAGUCGUCCUGUCAUUCCGAGGACGAGAGUGUCCUCAAGGUAUCGUCCUCGUGCAGUAGCGUGUACGUGGAUGGUUCGGAGAUCCGGGGCUCCAGCAACGCGUCGGUUCUCGUUAAAUACGGCACGUAUACCGGCCUGGCCAGAUUCACCGUAUGGAUGCCCGAGCUUCCACUGGAGGUGAGCGUCGCUGACACGCGGCUGAACCAGAUAAAGGGUUGGAAGGUACCAGAGGAGCACGUCACGAGUACCAAGAGCAAGCGGAGCUUGCUGAACGCGACACAGGUCGAAGAGAAGACCGAAGUUACCUCGACGUCGACAACGCCAGCGGAAACAUCGCCGGUGACCGCGCGAGCGAAGAAGAGAAGCGCGGUCGAUCUGGAGGAGUCGAUAGAGGACACGUCUAUAGAUGUGGACGAUCCGGACGGACUACUCGAAGAGGAUGACGAGCACGAGGAACGGUUCCGUUCGAAUGGCAACGAUCACAGCUGGGAUACGAUCAACUCGAUCGAUCGGAGCCUGCCCACGGCUAAUUGCAGAUUGCGCUUCCAGCAGAGUCCGGUCGAGGUGCACGCCCGAUUCCUGGCGACCGAUCAUGACUCUGGCAGGGUCUCGUACUUUGUCAAUCGGCGCACCUGGCUGCGAGUUACCGACCUCGUGGCCGGCAUGCUGCGUGUCUCCGAUCCUAGAAUAGCGACGCUUCUUCAAGGUAGACUGGUCCAGGGACGUGGAGUGGGUCGCACGGAGGUGCAGGUGCUGUCACCGAUCACCGGUAGGGUCAUCGGCGCGAAGGAAAUCAGAGUCGGCAACGACCGCGUGUCCGUGACGCGUCUGUCCGUCCGAGUGGUGUCCGGGCUUCAACUCAGUAUCAGUCCAGAUACCGCGAUCGAGAACGGAUACGUUGCCGAAACUUCGGUCACGCGAAGACUAACUGCCCAAUAUCAGGAAGGACUGCUGGACAUUGACGUGGAGUUCUCGGACAAUACCCGUACGCCCCUCAGGGAAAUCGCCGUGAGCGAUUACCAUUUACUGGUGGAGAGUCUAGAUCCAGAAGUUGUGGCGUUCGCACCGAUGGUCGCUUCCCAUCAUCCACGAGUAAUCGCGGUCGGCGAGGGCCGCGGUGACUUGCUGCGCGUCACUUUACAGCUGGCCGACUCCUGCCGAUUAUCCGGCAGACGUUCGAGCAAGGGCUCCUCUCAGAGGACGACGGCCGCCGCGUUGGCAAGCGCAUCGGCCAACGUCGAGGUGGAUUUCGCCUCGAGCGAGAUGCCCAAUCGGCCGGAAUUCGUCCAGAACGACGGCGGCGGUACCGUCGGUUCUCACCAUCACAGAGAACGUAAAACCGGUCGGGGCGAAAUGGCGUCCGACCUACACGACAUCCUCAUCGGGUUACCGCUGAAAGACGAGAAAGACGGGCACGAGCACGAGCCUUUGGUGCAGGCACGGCAGCAUCGCACGGCUAUAGCUAAUGGCAUGUCUUCAGGGGGUAUGGGCGGCGUCGGCGUGCGUCACCACGGCGCCGGGGCGCGGAUGAGCCCGCUCGAGAUCGGGAUGUACGUGCUGCUCGCGGCGUUCUGCUUCGCGAUCGUUGUCUUUGUCGUCUCCUGCGUGGUGUACGCCAGCAAGUUCAAGCCCCAGCCACCGGACUCUCCGCUGACCGGCGCGGCCGUCCCGGUGCUUUCUGGCGCGGGUGCGAGGGCACGCGCCGCCGCGAACCAGCUGGCGUCUGGCAGACGACCGCCACGUGAAUCGACCACCAACGCACACGACUGGGUAUGGCUGGGCAGAGCGACCCUCGAACGAGCUGCCUGCGGUCCGCAACAGGUGCGCGUAACGAGUAAUCCGUUGGCCGGCGAAGGCGAACCCGAGGCCGAAUUGGGCACCUGCUUCGACAAUCCGAACCACAUCGAGCUGCCGUCUGCCAAUCAACGGUCCAGCGGUGGUACCAGCGCCAUUGAUACUACCACUUACUCCAAAAGGGACAGAGUGGCGCGAAACAGUUUCGCGACAAAAUCCGCGGUCAAGCCGUCCGCAGCGAUACCGCCUACUACGGCUACGACGGCGUCAACGGCGGCAUCGAUGGUAGCUCCGAUAAUGAACACCGCGCGGAACGACAACGACGAUAUUCCUCCGCCUUUGCCACCACACGGAGUGCCGGUCGCGAACUCGACAUCGACAACGGCAACCACGGCGACCACAACGACGGUCGGCACGAGCAACGUGAGCAACGGCAAUAAUGAAGAUUAUAAGCCGCCGGUACCGCCACACAGGAACACGGGAGUAGGCGUGCGGCUACCGGAUCCGCCGCGGAAGCAUCGGCACAGGGCGUCCAGCGGUGGCAGCGGCGGCCAUCGCGGAAAUAAUCAUCGGCACAGCGGCAAAGCACCGCAGCAGUCGAAUCAUCAUGUAGUGAAAUCGCACGGGAAACCUAGAUUGGACAACGCAAACAAGCCGAACGGCGAGGACGAGGAAUUUGUCGAGCUGGUGAAUCACGACGACAGCAAUAGGCAUCUCGCGAAGGACGCCGGCAGGUCCCGGGAGAUCAAGAGGGCGACCAUAGUCGGUAACCCGAUGUACUCGUCGUUCUCCACCUCCGCCGUGGUGUCCGCCGCCGUCUCCACCGUAAACUCGUCUACUCCUACUGGCGGCGCGGCCUCGUCCACCACAACAUCUCCUCCGUCUUCGUCACCGUCCGCCUCUUCCUCCUCAUCCUCCUCUAGCUCCUCUUGCGCCUCAUCCUCCUCCCAGGAGCAAGAGGAACCGGUGGCGCUCGAUGACCUUAAUCUGGGUAUGGACUAUAAUCAGAUCAUGCAGUACUUCGACAACCUAAAAGAGUCGAAUGCCUAGGUGAGGCCCUUCGACCUUUCCGAAGGUCGAGUAGUAGUCAACGUCGAUACGGAACACCGGGAUCCUCGUCAGUAGAUAUAGCGAGAGCGCGUCGAAUUGUCUUUUUUCCCUUUCGAGAAUUUCUCUUUGAGAAAUUCCUCCCGUGGGAAUGAGACUCUGCUAUUAUCGAGGACGACCACUUCCUGGAUAUUUCGUAUUUUAGACCAUAAUCUAGUCAGCUUCCUAGCAGCACAUCAAGAGUAACGCGCAAACACAUACACAUACGCUCAUAUUAACAAAGAGUUAAGAAAGGGAUAAUUCCUUCGCACACGAUUCACACAGUCUCUCGACAAUUUGUUACGACCGCUGGCAAUUUUUGGGCGCAACGGGUAAAAGUUCCUCAAGUACGAUAUAAUUUGCUGAUAUAUAAUCGUAUUUUAUCGCAUCGAUACGUAAAUAAUGAUACGUAAAAUGUAAUACGCGACAAUAAGAUGAAAAGAUUGUGUAUUACAUCAAUUAAUAGUUUAUAUUAUAGACAUCGUAGAGUUUUUUAUUCUAUUUUUUUUUACCAUUUUUACAAAUUAUCGUUAUCAAAACGAUUUUACUUUGAAUUAUCUUUCCCCUUUUCCUUUCUUGUAUCAAUACUUUUGUUAUUUUUACGUACGAAACGUUCUUCGAUGACUUUAAGUCUUGAACUGAUAAUAUGUUCAAUAAAUUUAAUCACUAUCGUGAUUUAUAUGUUAGUAUACUAUGUGAAGUGUAGUAUUCGAGUAUCGCGACUGCGAAAACUUGCUGGCGUAAUAAAUAGUCGGAGUACUGUCUGUACACAAGAGGCUUUACAGAAACUGACUGUCGGUGGCCGGUGGGGUAGGUAGAUCGCUCGCUCGAUGACGAAAGCGUCACGCGGCAUUUCGACGUUAAGUUCCUCGUUGCGAGCUUUCCUUCAUUUCGCGUAGGAUCGUCGCGGAUCCUUGCUCUUGCCCCCGUGCCAUCUUGAUCUCUCGCUCGAGCCCUUUCUCCGCUACCACGGUUCCUCCCCUCGUCAGGCCGUAAGACAACGAGCGUCAGACAAUUCGAGACGCUUUUGUAUUUUGAUCGCGCGUGCAUUCGAUACUUUCACACACAUCUUUGCAUCCAUUGCGCCGAGUUUUGUGCCAUAAAACUAAUUGUUUAUCUAACGGAUAGUUUUCUCGAACAAUUCUAAAUUUCCCCCGAGUUCUUUUAUUCAAAAUUCGCGGAGAAUCUUACAAAGUGCGAAAAUCUUACGCUUGCCUUAAGCGUACAAUUUUUGCAUUGAACGAUGGAAAGCGCAAGGAGACAUACAAAGAAUUUAAUUGACGUUUUCACACGGAGAAACAAAGAAAGGAAAAUUUUAUACCACUGCGUGUCUCUUCUUCGUUGUUUCUGCCAAUGUUUAAUUUUUAUUCAAUACUCGCUUCACGUGCGAUAUCAUCGAACAGUGAGCUUUUUCAGUUGACCGAACGACGAGCUGUCAGUCAGCCGAGAUCGUUAUGCGAGGCGCGAUCAAAGUACGACAAAGCGUUCACUUGCGACCCGAUCCAGUCGCAUCGGAGGACAAAUAUUUAUUCGACCGUACGUCGUAAUGUUUGUAAAUUUUGCUUUGUAAGACUGUGUACAUAUAUACAUAUAUACAUAUAUAUAGAUAUAUAUAGAGCGCGUGUUAAUUAUGGACUUACAGAUUUAAAGUUACAUUUGUAUGGCUAAUAGAGAAUCGCGAAUCGUUCCACACGUCGCUCGACGAGAGACUCGCGAGCGACCUUCGGUUCCGUAUCGAACGAGGAGAAACGUCGACGGCGAAAUACGCGUAUACAUUGUACACUCUACGAUGCUCGAAUGCUGCUCACUGAUAUCGCUUUUUAAUUACCCUUCAUCCCUCGAAACUCCACGAUCUUAAAAAGUACGUUGCGCUCUCGGCGCUUUUUAUUCUGCCGAAAGUACUUUUACGCGAAUGAGCCCACACCCGUGUACGACAUCGAUGAAGUGAGAUUAGUAUCUGGGUUUAUGAAGCAUCUUGACAUUGGUACCUAAUUAAUGUAUCGACACAUGUUUAGGUACGGCAUCGAGAUAUCUUAAUUAAAUGCGUUCUUGCUUUAAACAUUUGUAUCUAGGUAUUAUAUCUGUUACGGGAUACUGUAACGUGUGUAUAUAUACUUGCCAUAUCAAGUGUAUAAUUGUAUAUUUACCGUAAAAACAUUAUUCGAAAUAUUGAAGUCAGCCGUACGAUGUAAAGAAAAUAUUCCUUCGCGUUUUGUAACAUAUUUAUUUAGUUUAGACUUAAUUUAUAACCAUUAGCCUGUGGCCAAUGUUUUAGCAAUAUUUCAAGUAUAAAGAAUGUGGUUCAGAAUUUUUAACGAUUGUUUCAUACGUAUAUAUACUUAGGUGCUAUUUCGAAAAGGACAUUAUUACGCAAACACAUUUUUAUCGUGUAUCCACCAUUUGUACCUAGAUACAAAAACAACAUGUAGCCGAUACGUUUGUUGAAAGUGUGUAUAAACUAAGUGAAUGUUAUUGGUUAUAACUGAUUCAUACAGAAGUAAACAUAAAUUUAUUGUUUACGUCGAGCAAGUGAAAGAUAAUGGAAAAACUAUUUUUGAGACGAUUUUUCAAAAUGAUCAAAUUGAUAAAAAAUUUACCGACCAUUCUCUUGCACGCUUAUUAAUUAAUCACUUUGGUUUAUAUUAUAUGAAUGAAAGUGAAGCGAAUGUGUUUCCGAUAAAAAAAAAUAUAUAUAUAUAAACAUAAAAGCCUGAAGCAAAAGCACAUUUUAUAAUUCAUAUAAAUUUUAUUUUUUGCAAUACGAUUUAUUCCGUUACAUCCGUUUCAUUCGUAUAAACUCGUUAGCUCUAUGAAAUAUAUAAUUAUUGACUACUACUGUAAAACCCGAAGAUACUUUUUCAAGAGACUAAUCUGUGUGUGGAUAAUCUGUGGAUAAUCGGUAGAGUAUGUUCACUUAGUCUAUACGUAUUUUCCCUCUACUCGUCACAGCGAACAAAAAGAAAGAGAAAGAAAAAAUCGUUUGUUCUUCCCAAUCGAUUAGAAUAUUUCCAUAAUAAAAUUGGUCAUCGCAAAACGAUCGAAUGAAACGAGAAUGUAAGUGUAAACGACCUACUCCAAGAAUCAGCCAGGAAACUUAUAUAGCUAUGUACGUAUCUACAGUGUAAGGACUAUGGUGUCUAAGUAUGUAUGUAAUUCUAUAAGUUGUGUGUCAGCACAUUGCGGACAAUAGUGAUCUAAUCCAUCGGCGGCGAACGGCGUUCGGCGAACAAACGAUCGACGGCGCCUCGUCGUGAAAUACGACAAAAUAAAUAUGAUUACACGGUUGCGUAAACAUUGAGAAAAAGAGUCGGAACAACGUGAGAGCGUUCCGCCGAGAAUCUAGUCUUAUAGCAUAAUUAUUAUAAUAUAUAUAGAUAAAUAUAUAAAAUAUUAAUCAAUGCGAUGUACGUUGCCUUUCGCCCGAUGAUAAUAUGUAUCUUACGAAUGCCCCGCGGUCACCGUCGAUGCGUCAAGCUUAAUGUACAUAUAAUCGACCUUUAACGGAUAUGGCAAAAACGAAUCACCCAUUCGGAUGUUCCUAGAACUGGGCAAGAAAGAUCUACUAAGAUAUAUUCGAAAAAUUAAACUCGUCUUACAUAGAAAGGACACAACAAACGGAACGAUGUUUUUGUUAAUAACGAUGAAAUUCGUACUGAUCGAUAUGAUGUGGGCACUCGGUACACCAGUGGCUUAAACUCGCAUAGAAGAAAGAAAUAAAUAUAGUCUCAUAUCACAUUAUACAGAAUUCCACCAUAUCAGUUAAGGUUGAAUAGUUUUCGAACCGAUUGCAAAAAUAUAUUCUUCUAUCCGAUAACCAUCGAUUCCUUAUCAAUUUGUUUUGUAACUUAAUCCAGAUGUAUCGGAUCGAAAAGUGACUGCCUUCAAAAUUACAAAAAUCCUAAUUACUUAUUUUAUGAUAUCUGUAGAGAUGUUGUGUUUUCUGCAAUCGGUUCUCAUUAAGAACGGCUCUUGAUAGUAUGUACUCUUCUAUAAGCAAAAAAUUGGAAGUGACUUUCAAUAGUGACUCACUCAACAGUUUUGCUUAAGAAAUAUUCCUAAAUAGCUCAAGCGUACUGAAGUUUGUAUUCGUACCUCACAUUUGGCACUUAAUAUUGUCUUUGGCUAUAACAUAGUUAACGAAUACGCUAAAUCUGGUACCGCAACAUUUUCCAGCGGUAAAAUUAACAGUAUUCUUAAUAAUUAACAAUUAAUUGGGUUAACUCUAUACAACCAUAUGAGCUUCACAUAUGAGAUAAAUAAGUCGAAUCUAGUUAAAUGUGAGACACGGAUAUCUUAGCCUCAGCUCUAGCUAAUUGCUUUGUUCUUUUUUUUAUGGCUGUUUCUUUUCAAGUGGACGAAGAAGCGAGAUUCAACGGUGAACACGGUGAAAACAUGUACGAGUCGAUCAUAUCCGAGAAUCAAGCGAAACAGGCGCGCGCUAAUCGUUCGUAUAUACAUAUAUAUGACUAUUAUCUAACGUUUUUGAUAUAAGAACACCUUCGGUGAUUAUCAUGAUGCCAUAGCCAUUUACUUAUUGUUAGUGUUACUGAGAGUGAUCCGGAGUCAGUGGCUUGUAUGUUAGUAUACAUCGUCGCGAGGUGCGCAUACACACACAUACAUAAACACACACAUGCAUAUAUAUUAGACAGAUACUCGUGAAUGUAUGCACUUCCAGUUCCACGUUAUUUCGAUGAGAGACUUGCGCUUCGUAAUAACGACAAGCUUCUCGCAAAACUAGGCAUCGGAACCUGACCUUUUCAAUGUAAUCCAGUGAUCCUCGAUUUAAGAUUUUUGUUAUAUCGCAAGAGAGAUUUCACAGUUGUGUCAUGUUACAAGAACUUGUCGUCAUAGCCACUUCUCUUAGUGUACUUAUCCAAAUCUUUUUACUCUCUUUUCUCUUCUAAAACUUUUUCUUUUUGCUUUCUUCCUCAUCUUUUUUAUCCUUAUUACAAAGACGUCUUUUAUAUCCUUUUGACAUAUUAAUUAACACGUCUGUAUUAAUACUUUUCAGCCAUUCGAUAUCUUUUAAAAGUAAACAUAUUGGUGUAAUAUUUAUUUUUUAACAAUCAUAUUUUCGCAGAUAAUGCUAGGAGCACAAAAAAUUGUACUACUAGUCGAAACUUGAUCGCUUGAGAAUCAUCGGCAGUCCCUUCCAAGAUUCCUUUCAUCUCCCCCUCGCAUUUGUUCCAUGAUUCAUCCAAUGUACGAAAAUUCCUAUUAACGACCAAUGUAAUAAGCGACAGUGAACGCGUGUGGUCCUUUCAAUCUUUCCUCUUUCCUGAGCUCCUGCCGAUUUAGAGAGGUGCGAUAGAUUCACCACAAUGCAUCGCUGACUCUGCAUCCGUGCACAUUCCUCAAACACCCCGUUUAUUUUAAGUGUGAUAAAUGCGGAACUAAAGAGAGAAGAAAAGCGAAGAGUGCGAUAAUUAGUAAUUACUGCGCUCGCGACGACGACGCUCGAGGACGUUGACGAUGGCGGUGGUGACUGCAUCUACGAUGACGACAAUAUUUGCGAGUGUUCUCCGAAUUCAACGCUUCUGAAAGAAAACGAUUAUCAUAACCGUGCAGAAGUUUGUCGAUGGUUUCAACUGCCCCGAUAAAACGAAUACAUUCUGACAAAUUUCGCUUAUAUAAGUUUAUAUCUUCACAAUAAUGAAAUCUUUUUCUUGCCUCCGUACACUCCAUACUCAAUUCUUGUUUUACAAAAUAAAUACUAGGUUUGAGAGAAUUUAAAAAGGAGCAUGCAAUUUUUUAAUUGCAUGCCUAAAGAACUACACAUGAUGAAUGUUUAACUUUUUCGCUUGUAUGACCAACUUCUACAUUUUAAUACUUAAUAAUCAAGACAAAUUUCGUACCGGUUUUCUGUCAACAUUUUUUACAGACAAAUCGUUAAUCUUUCUGGUUCUAAAAGCUCGGGGACAUCUUGCUUCGUUUAUACUGUUGCAAGCAUAGUAUCAGCACAAGAUAUCGAAGUCAUUCCAUGAUACCAGAUGACAUUUCUGUACUUUAUUAGAAUAAACAUGUGAAACAUAAUUUUUUUCUGCGGAAAUAUUUUUUAUCAAAUAUUUGAAUAGUUUCAAUUGAUUCCUCGUCUGUCUUACAAUUAAAGUCAGGCAAAAUAUAUUGCUCGGUAAAAGAUUCGGAGAGAGAAAGUAACUCGUGUCAGUAACUCAAAAUAAUGUCCUCUGUUAAUUUUUUUCAAGAAAUAGAAAUAAACUGAAUAUUAAAGCUGAUUCGUCUACUUUUGCCUUGCUUAUAAAAGUGAAAUUUGAUAGUUUUUAAAAUAAGAUUCUUUUGCCCCGAGGUGCCACUCGUCGCAAGUUUAUUCAAAUAAAGUAUGAAGGAACAAAAUCUGUAAAAUAUUGCCCGGAACUCUGGAAUGACCCUCUACUCUGAUUAGCGAAAAUAUUAUUAUCAUCAUGUCUAUUACUAUAUACUGCUAUUGUUACUUGUACUACUAUCAUUAUAUUAUUGUCAUCGUUGCUGUUGCUGUUAUUGUUAAUGAGAUUGUUGCUGCUGUUGCUAUUGCUGUUGCCAUCGCCGCGUCGAUUGCGCGUAUACCGGAGACAUGAGGUUGUCGUAGCCGUUAUCGUCAUCGUGGCCGUAGCCGUCGUCACUAUCGACAUCAAUGUCGGCGCCGCCGAUAUGCUAUAAUUAAUAACAAUAAGAUACGACUAUCGCCUACUCAAUGUACAAUAUGUAGUAUUUACCUGUUGUUACCAUCAAACCGUCAUCAAAGAUAUAUAAAAAUAUUGUAAUUGUAA